GCAAUUCCACCACGAAUACCACCCAAUAAAACUUUCAGCACACACGUACCCACACCAUGCCUCGACAGGGCGACGGCUCCUCGGACAACGGUCCCAUCGAGACCGGUGAGAACCUCAUCCACGGCGCAAGCGGCGAUGCCACUAUCAAGCGUGCACAGAAGGUCGCUCCCAUGCCUGAGCCCGAGAAAGGCGCAGCUCUCGAGGGAAUGAACGCCUCCGGCGGCGGCUCCGUGGGCAUCUCAGGAACGACCGGUCAGGGCCGCCACGCGAACGACUCCAACAAGCCGCCCGUAGUGGACCAGGUCACCAAGGGCUCAUCGUGAGGGUGGAAACGCAAUUCCUCUCAAGUCUUGGUUGAGUAUCCGUGAAAGGGCUCAUGCAAGGCGAUAGCGUAAUUGGAGCAGGACCGCUGCAAGCGUUAGGAAUGCAUGAGGGAGCAAGGAGUAAUUUCCAAAGGUUCCUCAAAAGCCCCCAUGGAAUGCCUCAAUUCCGG